UCGAAUAUCAAGGAAUUUCGCAAUUAGAAAACAAAAAAAAAAAAAACAUUAAACUUUUUCAAAUACACGUAAGCACAAAGGAUCUUGAGCAGGAACAAUAGUCUAAUUAUUGAAACGCACUUUAAGGUGCGUGCGUUUAUCAAACGCAUUCAAGUCACUAAUCUUUGAAUAGAACGACUUUAGCUCAAAUACACAAGUCUCGCAUUAUUAGAAACGCUUUAAGCAGCUUUCUAGCAGUUGUCAUUCUUGAGAGUAGUUGCCGCAACUAUUAACAAAAUUCCGCCGUUUAUCGCAAUAUCGUUUGCGAAACUAUUUCCUGGCGGUUGUAAGCGUAGCAGAUUUAAACCAAUGCAUUUAGGUUUGAAACGUCAAAGACCAACUAAAAAACAUCAAAAAAAGAGAUUUUCGUUUAGUAGGAAAAGAUGUCUUCAUCCCGAGAAUAUCAUCUACAGGAUUCACGGGGAUCGGUGUACUGCGCGAGUGAACCGGACCCAAUUGGUCGAAUCCAGUACCAGCCGGGAGGGUUCAUUCGCUCCUACAACAGUAUUGAUCAGCAAUCUGCUAAUAGCAGAAGCUAUUCCCGUGAAAGUGAAGGCAAUUCCACCGAGAUCAUUGAGGUCAUUUGUGAAGCGCAUUUUAACGCUGAACAAAACGAUAUUGGCGAAUUGCCCAUUGUCGCCUGUUCUCAACCACCAGCACCCUCUAUACUUACGGAAUGUCAACAAUCUAGUGGCUCGCUGUUCUCAAUUGUCUCGGCACCGCCGGUUCCAUUGGCUGAAUUGGAUGUUAAACAAGUUGAUAACUUGGGCGCUGGUUUGCAAUCGGGUAUUGGCAUGGCCUUGCAAAUGGGCGGUAGCGCCCAGAAUCCUUUCAUUAGCACCCACUCAGCGGUGUCAAUCGAAGUACCGGCAUCUGCACCUGGCUCCGCGACAUCAACUAUACCACGACGCCCUUCUACUCUCCCCAUCGAAGCACCUUACGGACCGGCAGCACCGUCAACUGGACGCACAUUGCACGCCAGCCUUUUGGAGCACCAGAUCUCGGAAAUCGAAGAGGACGAUAAUGAAAACUUAUUAACCGUAUCCAGCAUUACAGCUCGUCCAUUAAUUGCCAAAUCACAUGAAUUGCGUUCAAGUCGGAAUUUAAACUGCUUAGAGAGCAACAAACGCGGUAAAUGUGGACGCAAACUAUCGGCUGGGGUUAGGCAUGGUUUAACCUCUCAGGCUGCGAAGCACUCCGGAGUAACUGCUCCUUCUUCACGUUCCUCUGUGAGCACAGAUCCACCGGACGGUGGAUACGGUUGGUUUAUUGUGUUUGGAGCAUUUUCAGUCCAAUUUUGGGUAGCUGGCUUAGUCAAAUCAUAUGGGGUCUUAUUUGUCGAAAUUAUGGAAACUUUCCCUAGUUCAACAGCGACUGUAGCUUCUUGGAUACCAGCUAUAUUAUCGGCUCUUUGCCUAGCUUUGGCACCUGUUUCUAGUGCGUUAUGUCAACGCUUUUCGUGUCGAACGGUCGUCUUCGUUGGUGGUCUAUUUUGCGCACUAGGCAUGACGCUUAGCUAUUUCGCUACCAGUCUUGUGCAUCUACUCUUCACUUUUGGUAUAUUAACGGGAAUUGGUGGCGGUCUUUCCACCACUCCCGGCAUUGUUAUAGUUUCGAAAUAUUUCGAUAAACACCGAGCUUUAGCAAAUGGCAUUUGUGUCUCAGGCACCGCAGCUGGAAGCUUUAUGUUACCAGUUUUAAUUAAACAUUUGGCAGAAAAUUUUGGAUUCCAUGGCACUAUACUCAUUUUAGGUUUUUGCAUGUUGGAUGUGUGCUUAUCUGCGCUACUGUACAGGCCAGUAGAAUCUCAGAAUCAAGACGAAGAAAAAACUAUAGCGGAGGAAGACGAAGAGGAUGAUAAUGAGGCAAAUAAACCAUUGGAUGAUAUCAAUCCUAGCAAUAUUGAUAUGCUAACGAAUUCCACCUAUUUAGAUACUUGCGACGAUGGUUUAAAUACCAAAUUUAUAGAACAUCUCUUCAUGGAGGAAUCUAAAAAUCGUUUAAACGAAUAUUAUAAUUUAAAGAAUAGUGCUACUGAAAAAUCUGUUCCUAGUUGUGCUCAAGACAGCGACGACGAAAUUAAGGACACUAUAGGAGAGACUACAUUUAUUAAACCCAUUAAAAAGGUGCGCAGCUCCGGCAUAAUGCAUUCGGUAGAGGAUCUGAGCACUAACUCAACUUGGGUUUACCGCAAGAACUCCGGUACAGAUUCAAAUAGAGGUUCCCGUCGUAAACGUAACGUUUUCGCCAAUGAUGAAAUUAUCUCGAAGAUUCAAGCGCAUUUGGAAAAACCCUUGUCUCCACCCACUGUGGUUAUCAAGGGUCUUAGUAAAAGUAUGGAUAUACCUACACCAGUUACUAACACGAGUGAAUUGAAGCAAUCAGAAGGGGAGCAAAAAGAGAGCAUGUUGCGAAUAAAUGCCAUAGAAGAGGAAGAAGAAGAUGACAUUGACGAGCAACCAAUGACGUGUUAUGAACGAGUGGAAAUUUAUUUGGACAUAAGCUUGUUAAAAGAUCCUACUUUUAUACUAAUGUGCUUAUCAGUUACGUUGAUGUCGGUGGGCUGCCCAUAUAUGUUGUAUUAUUUACCAGCCCAUGUUAUAUCAAUUGGUUAUAAUAAAAGUGAAGCCGGUUAUUUAGUUACAAUAAGUGCAGUUUUGGAUUUAGUUGGCCGUUUAGGUUUGGGUUGGCUUUCCGAUUUGCAACUAUUCGAUCGCCGAAAGACCUACAUAGUCUGCAUAUUGGGCGCCGGUUUGGCUGUGCUCACUAUACCCUCCGAAGACACUAUUUAUUUAGUAGGUCUAUCAGCUGCUAUUUAUGGUUUUUGCUUAGGUAGCUGGUACGUUUUGAUGCCUGUUUUGCUGGCGGACAUUUUUGGCACAGAUCGCAUUAGUUCAAGUUACGGCCUGGUACGUAUGUUCCAGAGUGUAGGUGCCAUUUCAGUGCCACCUCUGGCCGGUUUCCUACGUGACCUCUCCGGUAAGUAUUCCAUCGUAUUCUACUGUAUGGGUUCUUGUAUGGUGCUUGGUACAGUACCAUUACUGGUGUGGGCACUAUUAGAAUAUCGUGAGCGUCAAUUUUAUAAAAAUCGUGGUGACAGUGACGAUACCUCAUCAGUAUCCUAGGCGAUAUAAACUAAUAAAUAAAUAGCUUAUCCUAGUUGAAACUCAUCAUAGUUUCAAUAGCUUACGUAAAUUUAAUCAAUUAAUUUGCUCGAAUUUUUCAAUUAGGUGUUCCUUAGAAAGUUGGAUAAAAUGAAAUAGAUGAUAUAAGUGAAGUAAAAAAAAUUGAAAAAUCUUUUGCCUUUUUGAUUUCAAAAGAGGUCUUCAAAUUAAAUUGAUAUUAAAUAAAACGCAGUAAUUCAUUAUUCUAAAGCUUGUCAUUUUUAAUUAUUUAUUUUUAUUUUUUAUUUUUUUUUGUUAUUGGUUAAGUUCAUUAUACCCUUUUAUCUUCUUUUACUUUCUUUUUGUGUUCUCUUAAUCAUUUUUUGUACAUAAGUUAGUGAACAAUCUUACAAAGCAAAGAAAUAAUCACACACAAAAGCACUGAAGAUGCGCAAAAGAACUGAGUUAAAAAAAAAAAAAGCUUUACAACUACUACAACAAAUUUAAAUAAUCAAUCACAAGAAUAAUGCAUCCGAAUGAAGAAAUCGUUCUUACAUGUUUUUUAACCUAAUAAAUAUAAUCAUCAUAUUAACGCCCAUAUUAUAAUCAAAUCAUGUAUGAAAAAUUUCAAAUUACAGCAGAAUGCAUUUUUAGAGAAUGCUUUAAGGUAUGUCGGAAUUGUAAUUGUUUUUACUAAUUAAGGAUAACAAAAUUCACUAAAUAUUACAUUAUAUAUGUAUAUAAGUACCUACAUGCAUACAUAUACAUAUUCAUAAAUAC